CACUUCCCUCUCCCCUAACGGUUGAACUGUGAGCUUCGAAGAUCAAGUCAGCCAGAACAAAAUAGAAGAAAACACAAAAAAACAAAGCAAGAGAAACAUAAUCGAAUGGAACAUAAAGACAGGAUCAAAAUCGCAGUCACUAUUGCUUCUUUAGCGGUAAUAUCGAUCUUCUUCACUGCGCAAUACCGAAGACGUCGAAAGCUGAAAUGCCCUUCGAGUUCGUGUUAUUUACAAACCGGACCAAAGCCGCAACGCAAUUUCAAGCGCGUUUUAGCUGAUAACUCGUAUUCUCCAUUCAAACACGCUAAAAACGAGAAAUCUUCUGGCUCGCAUCCUUAUGAAGUGGAGAUUACGGCUUUGUUCGAGAAUCCACCACCUGAAUUUAAGUUUGUUACAGAUAAUGUGAAUUUGAAAUUGAGUGAAUCGUAUGUUUGGGUGGAGUCUAAGUUGCAAUUAGAGGAACUUGCUAUUACAUUGAGUAGAGAGACAGUUUUUGCUGUUGAUACUGAACAACACAGCCUGCGUUCAUUUCUCGGUUUUACAGCUCUAAUACAGAUUUCUACUGAGAAGGAAGACUAUCUGAUUGACACAAUCACUUUACAUGAUGAAAUGAGUAUUCUUUGCCCAGUUUUUUCUGAUCCUGGUAUUUGCAAGGUGUUCCACGGGGCUGAUAACGAUGUUCUAUGGCUUCAAAGAGAUUUCCAUCUUUAUGUUGUUAAUUUAUUUGAUACUGCAAAGGCAUGUGAGGUGUUGUCGAAACCACAGAAAUCACUAGCAUUCUUACUUGAAACAUACUGUGGUGUGACCACAAACAAAUUGUUACAGCGUGAAGAUUGGAGACGGCGCCCUCUGCCGGCAGAAAUGUUGCAAUAUGCUCGAACUGAUGCACAUUAUUUGUUGUAUAUUGCAAAAUGUUUAAUUGAUGAGCUCAACAAACAAGAAACUGAAAAUUCAUCUCGCCCCAAUGACAAAUUCAAUUUUGUUCUCGAGGCUAGUCGGCGUUCAAACAUGGUUUGUUUGCAACUCUACACCAAAGAGUUUGAGUCUUAUCCAGGAGAAGCAGCUGCAUCAUCAAUACUUUUCCGACACUUGAAUGGUCUAGGAGGUGUUUCUUCAAUUUCUGGUGAAACCCAGUUUCAGGAUCUUGUGAGACGAUUGUGCGCUUGGAGAGAUUUAAUGGCUCGUGUGCAUGAUGAGAGCUUGAGAUUUGUAUUAUCCGAGCAGGCUAUUGUUGCUCUUGCAGAUAAAGUUCCAGCAACUGCAACAGACAUAUGCUUCACCAUAGCUCAAGCUGAUUUGGCUGUUGAUUCUGUGAAUUUUAAUUCCUGUCUCCCAUCUCCAUCCCCUGUUGUUUGCAGUCAUUUGGGUGACUUCCAUAAUCUAAUCCAGGAUAACAAAGGAAGUCUUGACGGUAUUUUUCAAGCAAUUCUUCAUAAGUGUCUGGGUCCAAAUGGAAGUUGCCCAUUGUCUGUUUUUAAUUAUACUUUACUGGCAAAAUGUAAUCUAAAACUAAAAUGUCAGAGCGAUAGAUUAGUCUACAAACAAAAUGGUUGGGUUAGAAAUUCAAAGCAAUUUGCUCGGAAGGCUUCAAGAGAGCUGUUUGUCCAAAAAUUUUCCUGUAAAGCUCCAGUUUAUCAUAACUGUAGGAUCUAUGCAAAUGAUGGACGGUUGCUCUGUUACUGCGACCGCAGAAAACUUGAAUGGUAUAUUCAUCGAGAUCUUGCAAAACUUGUUGAUGACAACCCACCUGCUAUAAUGCUUCUUUUUGAACCCAAAGGCCGUCCAGAAGAUGAAGGCAAUGCCUUUUAUAUUCAAAGUAAGAAAAAUAUAUGUGUUGGCUGUGGUGAAGGAAAUCACUACUUACGCUACAGAAUUAUUCCCUCAUGCUACAGAAUGCACUUCCCUGAGCAUUUAAAAAGCCAUCGUUCCCAUGAUAUUGUCCUACUCUGUGUGGACUGCCAUGAGGUAGCUCACGCCGCUGCUGAGAAGUAUAAGAAACAAAUUGCCGCAGAAUUUGGAAUACCACUUUUCAUUCAUAAAGUAGUUGAUUCAAAACAAGCACAAGAUAGACCGGGGUCGUCAACGAUGGACACUGAGGAGACAGGUGUAUCUCCUUUACAGUUGCGCACAGCUGCCAUGGCUCUUUUGCGCCACGGUCCAAGAAUGCCUUCAGACCGUAGGGAAGAACUGAGACAGAUUGUCAUGAGAUAUUAUGGAGGAAGGGAAAUAUCUGAAGAAGACUUGGAAAGAGCUCUGCUAGUUGGAAUGAGUCCUCGUGAGAGAAGACGACUUGGGAAGAAAAGAGGGGUGUAUUUGAAACAUUCUAACUGUGUUGAUGUUCCUGAUGAGGAGCACAAGAAUUUCAGUGGUGGCACUGAAAAAUCUGCCACUAUGGGUGCCACAGAAGCUAAUAAUCUAGAUGGGUUGCUUGCUACUGAAACAGAACUGUUUGGUGAAAAAGAAAACCAUAAUUUUGCAACUGUAACGGAUGACGACAUAAGCAAUGCAGGGGUUGAUCAAGUAACCUCAUCUACCAAUAACAAGAAUAUGAAUUCCAUUAGAGGUGAAGUUUCUGAUACAAAAGAUAAUUAUGAUGGCAAAGAUGAUGAUGACUCUGAGAAUAGAAGUGUAAAUGGAGCAGUCGACUUACUUUAUCCAAGCUAUGAUGGAAGCAGUUCACCAAAGCAUAAUUCUAAGUUAUCGCUAUUAGGACAUGGACCUCAUGGAAAACAAGUAGUUGAUUAUCUACUGCAGGAAUAUGGGGAGGAUGGCAUUCGUCAGUUUUGCCAAAGGUGGAGACAAGUUUUUGUUGAAGCUAUUCAACCUCGUUUCUUGCCUGCUGGCUGGGAUGUACAGCACAGUGGCAGAAGAGAAUUCGGCGAAUUCAGCGUAUACAAUCCUGAUAAGAAAUCUGAUGAAGCUGCUUCUACAAGUUAAUUUAUAGGUGAAAUUUCAGAGUAAAGACCAUGCGAAGAUCACGAAUUCAGCGUAUACAAUCCUGAUAAGAAAUCUGAUGAAGCUGCUUCUACAAGUUAAUUUAUAGGUGAAAUUUCAGAGUAAAG